AUAAAAUCCCACGUUUAAACAAAUUAUCAGCAGUUCAACAGCAGUUAGCACUAUAUCUCACUAGUGGAAACGUAUUGACACCAAGAUGCCUAAAAGCAAGAACGUGGUGAGUGUACCGAGCAGGGUUCCUACAACCGUCCGCAACAUGUUCUUCGAGGACCCGCAUUUCAGGGAGAAUUGGGAGGACUUCGACCAGGUUAAGAAGUCCAUGUUUAAAGAGUCUAGGGACGUCUGGAAGAAGAUGGAUCAGGAUUUCAGACAGAUGAGAUGCAUGAGGGAUAAUAUUUUGUUGAAUGAGGGGAUAGAGGGAACUGCGGAGAGGGGUCUAGUUCCCUCUAAUACUGGAGUAAAUAGAUACGAUCAGAGCUGGAUGUUUCCUCGUAAAUGGAUGCUCGCCUCUCUAGACCAGAACGAGCUUGAACAGUUGAAUAUAUUCAAGUCCGGACAUGAUCAUGAUGUGAUCAGGAUCAAGGAUACUGAUACUGAGCUUGAGGUGAGCCUGGACACCUCUCACUACCGUCCUGACGAACUCCAUGUCCAUGUAGAGCACGGAGCUGUUACAGUUGAAGGACUGCACGAGGAGACGAGUAAGGACGGGAAAAGAGUUCUCCGCCGACAAUUUAAGAGAAAGUACACUAUUCCUGAAGGGACCCAUCCUGAGAAUGUUAGCUCCAACCUUGCAGCUGAUGGAGUACUGGUUGUUAAAGCUCUGAAAGGAGAUCCAACUCAUGAAAUUAAAAUACAGAAAGCUCUGAAGUAGAAACUAUUGUGCUCGGUUUUAAUUAAACUUUUUAGCUUUAAUAAAGAUCAUUUUAUAGAGUA